CGUAGGCGGCUGCGACGCGGAAGCGGACGCGACCGGGCCAUGCUGCGGGCGGAGCCGGGUGUGGCCGGGCCGGGGGACCCCGGCGGCCUGUCUCCUCGGUCCAUUCACCAUCAAGUUUUCCCUGAGGACAGUUCAUCUAGAGUCAUAGUACACGUGGACCUGGAUUGCUUUUACGCACAAGUAGAAAUGAUCUUAAAUCCAGAACUAAAGGGCAAGCCUUUAGGGGUGCAGCAGAAAUAUUUGGUGGUUACUUGUAACUAUGAAGCUCGGAAGCUUGGAGUUAAGAAAGUGAUGAGUGUCAGAGAUGCGAAAGAAAAAUGUCCGCAGCUGGUGUUAGUUAAUGGAGAAGACUUGACGCGUUACCGGGAGAUGUCGUACAAGGUUACAGAGUUGUUAGAAGAAUUCAGCCCCAUUGUUGAGAGACUGGGAUUCGAUGAGAAUUUUGUGGACGUCACUGAUAUUGUUGAGAAGAGACUGCAGCAGCUUCAGAGUGAUGAACUUCCAGAAGUGGCUGUGUCCGGCCACGUGUACAACAAUCAGUCUGUCAGCCUGCACGACAUCACGCACUGCAGACUACUCCUGGGCGCGCAGGUCGCCGCCGAGAUGCGGGAGGCCAUGUACAGCCAGCUGGGACUCACGGGCUGUGCCGGCGUGGCUGCCAACAAACUACUCGCAAAGUUGGUUUCUGGAACCUUUAAGCCAAAUCAGCAAACAGUCUUACUCCCUGAAAGUUCCCAAGAUCUGAUUCAGAGUUUGAAGCACAUCAAGGAAUUGCCUGGUAUUGGCUAUAAAACCAGCAAACGUCUUGAAGCUCUGGGUAUCAGUAGUGUGCAUGAUCUUCAGACCUUUUCAUCCAGAAUAUUAGAAAAGGAAUUAGGAAUUUCAGUUGCUCACCGUAUCCAGAAACUCAGUUUUGGAGAGGAUAAUUCCCCUGUGACACCCUCAGGACCACCUCAGUCUUUCAGUGAAGAGGAUUCAUUUAAAAAAUGUUCAUCAGAAAUUGAAGCUAAACAUAAGAUUGAAGAACUACUUGCUAGUCUUUUAAACAGAGUGCGCCGAGACGGAAGGAAGCCGCACACGGUGCGCCUGGCGCUGCGCCGGCACUCCCCGGAGAAGCACUGGAGCCGGGAGAGCCGGCAGCGCGCCCUGCCAGCCCACGUGGUGCAGAAGUUCGGGGCAGGGAAUGAUGAAGUGAUGACCCCAGUGGUUGAUAUACUCAUGAAGCUGUUUCGGGACAUGGUGAAUGUGAAGAUGCCCUUCCAUCUCACCCUGCUAAGCGUGUGCUUCUGCAACCUUCAAGCAGUCAACACCGCUAACAAAGGGACUAUUGAUUACUAUCUAACAUCAUCAUCGCCUUCAGCCUCUUGUUCUGGCAAGCGCAGUUCUAAAAUGAAUGAUACCCACAUGGAAGAGUUGUCCAAGGACAAAGGACCAGAUUGGGGAUGUCUGCCGCCUGGAAGCAUUGAAAGUGCAAGGACUGGAGCGUCUGAACUUGAGUCUACAGCCUUUUCUCAAGGCAAAGACAGCCGUGAGGGGCCACGCAGCUCCCUCCCUGAGGGUGUUGAUCAGGAGGUCUUCAGGCAGCUCCCAGUGGAUAUUCAAGAAGAAAUCCUUGCUGGACACUCUCGAGAAAAAGUUCACUCGAAAGCAAGUCCGAGGUGUUCGCUGCCUGCCUCCAGGGGAAUUUUAUCUUUCUUUUCUACCAAGAAGGUGCGAGAAAGUCCUUCAAACUGUAGGGAUCAUUUGUCCAGUACCCAGCAGAUGUCCUCUGUGUCUCCCGGUGAACCGGGAACAUCGGGCUUAAAUAGCAGCAAUUCCUCAAACUUACCUAACCCCAAAAAUUGUUCAUCCUACUUAGACAGUAGACCCAAAGGGGAGAGAGCGACUCCAGGCUCUGAAGCAUCCCCAGGAUCUCCUCUUCCGGCCACAAACCCUGCUGUCUCUGCUUAUCGCUCUACACGGGAUUUGCAGAGUUUCCCGCCCCCAGACUUCACUGCAGUCGGCCCAGAGCGGCUGCCCGCCACAGCCCCUCCUCACGGAGGACAAGAGCCGGCUAAAGAGAAAAUCACUUUUCCUUCUGGUAUUGAUCCUGAAGUUUUUCAUGAACUACCGGAAGAGGUGCAGAAAGAACUCCUGGCAGAGUGGAGGAGAGCAGGAUCAGAUUCCCACUUUGUACAGAAAAACAAACCCGAUGUUCAGAAAAAAGUCUCUUAAGAAGUGAUGGCAAUAUCUGUGGUCUCAGAUGAGUCAGUUCUUCAUCGAGAAGGAACUUGUCGUAAGGCGUUAAGGGAAGGACGGGCACCAGAAGUAGAAGGCAAUAGAUUUUUAAUCAUGCUUGAUAAUGGAAGUUCAUCUGGAUUCGAUAUUUUGCAUUUUCCCUGUAUUUGAGAGAUGAGAUUUAGACGGUCAGAAUCACAGCUGUGCAAGUUACUAAAUUGAUGAAUCUUCUCUUUCUCCCAUUGUUAUCACUGCCUUUUUCUUUUACCUGACACAUUAAAAAUUGGAUAUGAGAUUCUGGACAUUUUAUAAUUUGCAAGACAGAAGGAUGCAACUGAAGUAUCCCAUAUGACUUGUAUUUCUGGGGGACCCUUGUUGUCGAGUUUAGAAACUUGUUCCAGAUCAUCUAAAGACUUGCUCAGUCUAAGGUGCAGAAAUACAGGUGAAAUGUAGCUUUAGAGUAAGCACUUUUAGGUAAGCACUGUUAGUUCAGAUUCUAAGGCAUUUGGAAAUUUCCUAUCCACCAAAAAUUUUUAGUACAGAGUUGAGGGGUAAUAACUUGGAGCAGGAAUAUCAGAAACUAUUCACUAUGGAAAUAUUUCAUAAUCUUGACUAAGAACAGUAGAAUUUUCAACAUAUAGUAUUCUGAUAGAAGCACAAAAUAAAUAUAUUGCUUUUUUUUUGAAGUAAACAUUUUAUUUAGAGGUUUCUGAGGGAAGGAGGAAGGGAUAAGUGGGAGAGAGACUAGUAAGAAUAACGCGCUCAAUAGAGAACGCGGGCUUCUCCAAGGGUGGAGGAAGCUCUACACACAUCCUAGCACUGGACACGAAAGUAUGAGAGUACACAUCUCAAGGGGGGAGAUGCGGGCGACACAUGUGCUCAGGCACCGCAUGUGCUCGGCCACGUGGGCACAAGCAGCACAUGGGCUCAGGCAGCAUAUGCGCAGAGAAAUAUAUUGCUUUUUAAAAAAGAUAACUUGUUUUAAAAAAUUCCAGUGGUUCUUGUAAUGAUUUCAGCCAGAAAUUAUCGAACAGCAGGAAUUGUAAAAACAUGACAGAGAGGUUGUGGCUGUAGGUCAGUAAACUUGUGUGUGUGAGGCCAGGCGUUUGAGCCCCUGUACCACACCAAAAAAGGGGUUGUGCCGGGGAGUGAGUACGAAGAGCUGGAAUGCAUAUUUUGAAUGCAGAAGCCUUGCGUUUGAUCCCUGGCAUCUCAAGGAGCGCUGGGCAUUGCUGGGAAUGACCGCUGUCCCGACCUUCUUGCUAAGGUGUGGCCCAGUGCAGCAAACAGGAAACGAUGGCAAGAAAACAAGUGGUUCGGGCCAGUUUAAAAAGAGCACUUGCCCAGGGGUGGGUGGGCUCGCGGGGUAUUUAGGGAGUGGCCUUUCCAGCUCUUCUCCCCACUGCUUCACAGAACUUAGUUGCGAGGUUUCUGCAGAGAUUGCCUCCACUGUCUCUGUUUUGUACUAUCCUAGGUAGAAGGACUGUUUCAUUCCUUUCCAACGCUGCCUGAGAGGGCCCUGGGUGUGGCUGAGCACUUGAUUGCUUGGACAUUCUCGAGUCCCCCCACCCCCCCCCCACCUCAGUAAGUCUAAAACUUCAUUGAGUCGGGAAAGACUUGAGUAAGUCACAUUAUCACUGCAGCAGCAGCAGGAAUUACUCCAGCUUGUCUUAAUGUUUCAUCUUUCCUGUUUUUAUUAUUUUUCCUCUUAAGUGUUUCUAGAAUGUUCGCAGGCACUCAGUUAGGUGGAAUCUCCUUUUUCACCAGAGCACCAUCUCCACUCUCUGUUCUUUUCAGGGGCUGUUUCUUCCAGUCCAGGUUCCGGGCUGGCCCUGCCUUCUCCUGUGUCCAGGUUGAAGGUCGGCUUCUCUGGGCGGCCCCCAGAGUAGUGCUCACAUGUUUUUGCUUUUUGUUUUCUUUUUUUGCUUUUUUGGGGCAGUCACACCUGGUGAUGCUCAGGGCUUACUCCUGGCUCUGCACUCAGGAAUUACUCCUGGCGGUGCUCAGGGGACCAUAUGGGAUACCGGGGAUCAAACCUGGGUCGGCUGCGUGCAAGGCCCUACCUGCUAUACUAUCACCCUGGCCCCUUUUGUUGACAUGACCUGUCCCUGAGUCACCAAGCAACAGUAGCUCCAGCAGACUGGCAAGUUCUUGGCCCUGUCCCCUUGCUUACUCUGCCUCCCACGCUCCCCCUUCAUGCUUCAGAGCCCGGGUCCCGAAAUUGGGGCUUGGGUUCUGGAAUGGGGUCCUUGACUCAAUGGCCUCUCAAAUCCCGGUGGAGGGAAAUGUUCCACGACUACCAGAAGCAAACUCAGAAUCCAAUGCGUCGUGAGCACUGGAGCUAAACUGCUCCAGCAAAAAGGGGUCACGGGCGUGGCAGAGGGUCGCAGCCCGGCUUCCGAGGAGCACGCGUGUCAGAGCAUAGGGAAGACGCUGUGUGAACACAAUCGCCAGGUUUCCCGUCCUGGCCUGACUUUCUCUUCCACUCGCUGUGUUAGACCUACCCCUUUGGUUGGUUGUAGUUUCCUCUUUUCUAAAUAAAAUUUAGGGAAUAAAAUUUAGGGAAGGAGAAAGGAGUGCCAGGGGCAAAUCCGGGGCCUCACAAUGCUCCAUAUGUGCCCUCCCAUUUGGGUAUUUCCGUGGAAGCACGAUGUCGUCAUUUUUAUUCUGUAUUAGAAGAUGCAAAUGUUCGAAUUCUCUGAUGGAGUCAAUUCUCAUAUUGUUAUUUAGGUGUAUAGAUUUUUUUUUACUUCAAUUAUUUAAUUUUGGGGGUGGGGUUCCACUUGGCAGUGCUUGCGAGCUGCUCUGGCUUGCGGCUCGGGGCUCACUGGGGGUACUGGGACGGGCGGGAUGGGCGGGGAUGCGGUUUGGGGAUCCCGCCCUGACCUCACACAGCAAGGCUAGUGCUCUACCACAGUGCUCAAGCCCUGGCACUCCUGAGAGUUUUGAGUGUGCUCUGGUCUUGGGUUCUACCUGUGGGACUCCUAAGGCCUGAAUCUGGUGGAUCCCUCUGGAAGAUGCUGGUCCUCCCUUCCCGGAGCACUUCCGCAACACCGGAAGCUUGAGCCAGCUCGAUCUCGCAUUGACAGCUCAGCCCCAGGUCUAGGAAGAUUGUGGGCAAGGACUGGGGGUCAUCCUCCCGCCACCUCUCCCUGCCCUACCUUUUUGUCUUUUAUUUGAUGUUUUUAGGGUUAUUUUUCCUCUGGUUCCUCAGUUUAUCCAGAGUACAGUCCUGCAGGAGUUGGUGGACAUCCCUGUGUGGGUUCUAAAGUUUGGUUCGUCUGUAGAUUCAAUAAUUUCAUUUUUUAAAAAAUUUAUCUCAUUUCUCUCCACACUACCACUUAUAAAUAAAUUAUUGGGAGAAUGGAAUUUGCUCUCAUGCUUUUAGCUUGCAAUAUUAUCUGUACGAGUUAUUUUCCCACAAGGAGAUGUGCCCUCCCAACGUAAUCUCGUCCUGUAAAGCUGAUGGAUGUUACCAAUUAUGUCUCAAGUUUUGCUCACAGGGUUCACUUUUAAUAUAUAGUGGUGAAGUUCUCAUCUGGAGAUAUUUGGGUAUCCUUUCUGCCCUAAAUUGUAAUUCUUAUAUGGUUCAUAUAAUAAAGUUUAAAAUACUGGA